GUUUCAACAUAACCUCAAAAUUUCACAUCUCACGACCACCAAAACACCAUGCUAAAAGUUUAUUUCUUGUGGGAUAUAAUUUAAAACAUUCAAAAUGCAAGUGUUUGAGAUUGAUAAUGUCAAAAUUUAUAAUCUUAGUGCCGGAAAAUCACUUCCAGAUUGGUUAUCGGAACGAAAGAAAAGGGCACUACUGAAAAAAAAUGUAGACUUAAGGAGAAGAGUUGAAUUGAUUCAAGAGUUUGAUAUGCCAGGGCUGAGCACUUCAAUCAGAGUUUCUAAAGAUGGACAGUACAUAAUGGCUACAGGAAUUUACAAACCCAGAAUUAAAUGCUAUGAUGUAAACAAUCUCUCUCUGAAAUUCGAAAGGUGUUUAGAUUCAGAAGUUGUGACUUUUGAAAUAUUGAGUGAUGACUACACCAAGAUUGUAUUCUUACAAUGUGAUCGCUAUGUAGAAUUUCAUGUUGGACAUGGCAGGCAUUACCGAUUACGUGUUCCUCGCUUUGGAAGAGAUAUAUCUUAUCACCGGCCUUCUUGUGACCUAUUUGUUGUGGGGGCUUCAUCAGAAGUAUACAGAUUAAACUUAGAACUAGGCCAGUUCUUAGCUCCAUAUGUGACAAAGGCAACUGAAAUCAAUUGUUGUGCAGUGAACGAUGACCAUGGGUUACUCAUACUUGGCACUGAGAGUGGUCAUGUUGAAGCUUGGGACCCCCGGACCAAAUCCAGACAAGGAAUAUUAGAUUGUGCUUUACAUUGUACUGACUCUGAAUAUAAAAAUGAUGGUUUACCUGCAAUAACUGCUUUAAAAUUUGAUGGUGCUCUAAAAAUGGGAGUUGGAACUUCUACUGGUCAUGUACUGCUAUAUGAUAUUCGGUCCAGUAAGCCCCUUUUAGUAAAAGAUCACAUGAAUGAAACACCUAUCAAAUCAAUAGAAUUUCACAAACAAAUGGAUUAUGUUUAUUCAAUGGAUGCUAGUGUGGUAAAAAUUUGGAACAAAAAUACUGGUAAACAAUAUACAAGCAUAGAGUCAUCUGUGGACUUCAAUGACUUAUGUGUGGUACCCAACACAGGACUCAGUAUGAUGGCAGUAGAAGACCAAAAAAUGCAAAUUUAUUAUGUUCCAUCUUUAGGCCCUGCACCAAAGUGGUGUGCUUUCUUAGAUAAUUUGACAGAAGAAUUAGAAAGUUCAGCCUCACAAACAGUUUAUGAUGACUAUAAGUUUGUCACUAAACAAGAACUAGAAUCACUUGGCUUGGACCACCUUCUUGGAACUAACUUGUUAAGGGCAUAUAUGCAUGGAUACUUUGUGGAUGUAAGAUUGUAUAAGAGAGCCAAAUCCAUUGCUGAUCCAUUUGCAUUUGAUGAAUACAAGAAACGUAAAAUAAGAGAAAAAAUAGAGCAGGAGAGACCAUCCAGGCUGAAGGUUGAUGACAACUUGCCACACGUAAACAGGGAGCUGGCCUCCCGACUUAUGGAUACCGACAAUAGGAAAAAGAAACAAACUGUAAAUCUACUCAAAGAUGAUCGGUUUAAGGCAUUAUUUGAAAACCCUGAUUUCGAAGUGGAUAAAUCUGCUGAAGAAUACCGUCUACUCAACCCUGUGUUGUCUAGAUUAGAUAAAAAUAAGGACAAAGGCAAGGAGAGUGCAGAACCUAUGCAAGUUGAAGAACCAGAAGAUAAUGAUUCAGAUCGGGAGCUUUAUGAGUCAAGUGAAGACAGUUCAGAUGAGGAUCGCUCAUGGGUGAAAGAAGUGAAGAAACAGCACAAAAUUAUAAGACAUUCAAAACAAAAAGAAGCAGAAGAGGAAGAAAGUGAUACCGAAGAAAAGAGUGCUCCGAGAAUACCCAAUUCCAUCAGGAGUCUUACCAGAGUGAGUAAGGCAAGUUUGGGCGACCGGUUAGCGAAAGAAGGGGUGUCGACAAUGGUAUCUGGCACAGGCGGUAAUAAGGAAAUGAAAUUUAAAAUGAGAGGGAAGAAAUCAGAAUCGGACAAAAAUAAAAUAAACAAGAAACAUUUCCAAGAGAGAAAACAAAUUGUGAGGAGAACAGGAUUUUUAAUGAAGAAAAAAAUGCCGAAAAUGUAUAUGGGUAAUAAACUGAAUAAUGUGAAUUUUUCAACUGAUUAUGUAGCUAGUGACCUACUGGACAGCCAUGUACUGGGCAACGACAAGCUCCGCGAGCCCGCCAUGGAGCGAUCCGCCAGGUCCAGCCUCGGCGGCAACAGCGUCGAUAUAGGAGAAAUAACUGAAUCUCCCGAUACUGAAUAUAUGAGCACAUCAGCAAUUUUACAUUAUUGUAAAUCAAAGAUAUUACUUCCAUAUCUUAAACUUUUAACUAUUAUGGGCUUACGACCGGUGGUCGACGUCUCAAAUUCGUCGGUAUGUGCGAUAUGUUUCUCGCACUUCCAUUCUGCACAAGUAGCUGUGUUUAUGUUCGUCGGAUAUAUUCUUCAGUAUAUGGCCUGUUUCAGACGAGACAGAGGCUUCUGUUAUAAGUUGGUGCCACUAGCUUUAACUUCAUCUUUAGAAUAUGAAACAUAUAAACAAGUAUGUUAUGGAAAUAUCACAUUCACUUAUAUUGGGCCCAGUAUACUGCACUUCAUGGGUUUUAUUUACGCGUUGUAUUUAUUUCGAAUAUCAGACAACGAACAACUGCAAAACUUAAUGGAAAGAGUGUUUCUACUGUCGUCGUACGCGCCGCAAGGCAUGCCCACGACGAAGCCGAAGCGACUCUUGCGCAUGCUGUGGAUGUUCAUCAUUCUCAGCGUGCUCUGGAUGUGUCUGUCGCUGUGCUCCGUCAACUUGAUGAUGGCCAAGGGAGCUAUCAUGUUUCGAUGGAUGGAAUCAAGUUCCGAAGACGUGCGGCUGGCCCUGAAGAUCUUGCUAGUGGUGUGCACGCUGAUCCACGACAUGGUGCAAGCCACCAUCAUCACCAGCUACUGCCUGCAGGCGCAGCUGCUGCAGGCGCACCUCAUGUUCCUGCGCGAGCGGCUGCUCCACCGGACCACCUCGCCGCUCAACUGGAUGCGGGAGGUCGCCGAAUUCGAGAAGCUUCUAAAGUAUCUCAACGACGACCUGGCGCCGGCGGUGUGCCUGUUCACGAUCGUGAACAUGUCGUGGGCGGCGUCGGGCGCGCUGUGGCUGCUGAGCCUCGACCGCGUGGACACCGAGACCGAGCCCAUCGCUGGGAUCAGCGUGCUCAACCAGCUGCUCUGGCUGGCCGCUGUCGUCGUGCCUUUUGUGCAGGCUGCGCGGCUAUCAAAGGAGUGCCGGCGAACUCAGUCAGUAGGGCACGAGCUAUGCGUACGACCGUUCCUGCACCAAGAUACGUCGCAGGAAGACAUAAUCACGGUGCUGAUGUAUGCCUCCACGCUCAACCUCCAGGCCAAACUCUUCCACUACCCCAUCGCCGGCCGCUCCGUAUGCCUCAUACUCACGCUCGCCAUCAUCGUCCUGUUUUCGCUAGGAAUGUGUCAUUAUUUACAAUGAUCAAUUCAAUACCGUUACUAUUAUAAUUUAUAAUAAUUAAUUUUAAAAUUUUAUCAUUGAUUUAAUUAAUAAUAAAAUAGUUAUAUUUUGUCAAA